AAGUUUUAAAAAUCUUGCAAGCGGAAGUUCCUUGUAAGUUUUUUGUUUUUAUUUUUUUUUAAUUACUAAGUUUUUUAUUUGCCACAUUAUCAUUUUGAUUUUUUAUUUUGCAGAUAUUUGAAUAAGAACUUUCUUACAAGCAUUCCGUCGAGAGCUUUCAAUGCAAGUUUCAUAGUAAAUUUAAAUUUUGCAUCUAACCGAUUGCAGCAUAUACACCCUGACGCAUUUGCUGAGGUUGAAACCAUAUUUCAAUUGGAUUUAUCGAGUAACCAACUGACAGAGAUUCCAUUUGCUCUUUACAGUCAACGUGUCGUGUUGCAAUUAGUUUUGAGCAUGAACUUCAUUGACAUAUCAUCUCAACCCAAUAAAAGCGUUAUUUACUACUCACCAUCUAGAAUAAUUCUUUCGAAAAACAACAUUAGAUCCAUUUCACGUAAUCAGUUUUGUGGGUUGAAGUAUCUGCAACAUUUAUUCCUCUUUCUGAAUAAUAUAUCAUAUAUAGAAGAUGGGUCUUUCAGUGAAACAAGCCUCCAAUCUCUCUAUAUCUAUGGAAAUAAUCUGAAGAGGAUUACCAGUGAAACAUUCAUUGUUACAAUGAGAACACUAAAAUAUCUUUAUAUAUUUAAUAAUCCUGUUGAAGAUUUGGAUGAGGGAGCAUUGUCACAUCUGGCGCAGAAUUCAACAGUGUAUCUGGAUUGUAAAAACCUGGAUCAUAUUCCGUCGACGAUGACAGACAACAGCACAAUUGCGAAAUGCCUCACAAACAAAACAAAAAUUGAUUUCAAUAUUAAUAAUUUUGAUGUUAGCGUUUCAUUGCUUGGAAUGGCGUGCACGGAAACGAUAUGUGAACCGUGUCCACUAGGUUAUUACGGGAAGCUUACUGAUGUGGGAUGUUUCCCAUGUCCGCCAGGUGGUUUCUAUCAAGACGAGCUUGGAUUUGUAAAAAACGGGACUUACCUAACCGAUUGUAAACGGUGUCCCAUUGGAACCUUUUCCUCACGUCCUGAAGCUCGAUCAAUUUUUAACUGCCAGUCAUGUCCUGCUGGAACAAAUACAGAUUCACGGGCAGCUCUUGAUGCAUGCCCAUGCUUAGAGAACUUUCAUCGCACUUAUCGUUACGGCACAUGUCAUCCGUGUCCAAGCGGCGUCGACUGCACAGGUGGUUACCAGAAAUUGAAAGCAGGUUACUGGUGGUCGUGGGAUUUUUUGGAAUAUAAAGGUCCAACUUAUCUUGGAGGCUUUGAAGAGUACAACUGGUUUGUUUACCAGCUCAAUAGCUCCUCAUUUAAUUCUUCAGAGCCCGUUAAUUUGUUUGAUACGGUGUAUAAAGGAUCUUUGCCUGCAGUCCACGUAUGUCCACGAAGUGACAGUUGUGGUGGAGGCAUUAUUGAAGGAAACUGCUCAAAAGGUUACACUGGUUGGCUGUGUGCCGAGUGUAGUUCAAAUUAUUACGAGUUAUUUGAGGAUUGUCACAGAUGUCAGGAUAAAAAAGUCAUUAUCAUUGUGACACUAUUUGGAUUUUUAGCAUUUUUAGGUAUUGUAUACGGAAUGUGGAAACUUGAUAAACGAACAAGAAGAGGCACUAUAAUACGAAACGACUAUUUCGUUAGUCAUUUGAAAAUUGCCAUCAAUUUCUAUCAAAUUCUCGGUAUACUAUCGGAAAUUAAUGAAAUCCAUUGGCCAGAAUCAUUUAAAUCUGUUGGACAAAGUCUUCAGUAUCUUGAUAUUGUACGGUACGUCAAUGUGUUCAGCCCGAGGUGUAUAUUUCCACAUUAUAAAUGGAAUGCUUACACAUAUUUGUAUAUUGCUAUCGCUACACCAUUCUGUAUUAUUGUGUUGACAUAUAUCGUCUUCUUUAUAUGGAACACCUACAGGAGGUAUAAGCAACAUUACCCACUGCAUUACUUAACAGACAACUUCUUGUCUGUUACAAUGAUGUUGCUGUAUUUGACCUACGCCAGUACAUGCUCAAGCAUCAUGGCAAUCGGGUCGUGGUCUGUCCGUACGUUUAAUGUCACAGCAAAUGGUACGUAUGUGAUACAAAAGCUAACUUCUGACUACUCCAUCGACCUCCACGGAGAAGGUGGUUUAAAGGAAUACGAGACCAACAAGAAUAUUGCUUAUGGUUCCUUGGUGUAUGUGAUCGGUUUUCCUCUUGCAAUCAUCCUGGUAUUGUAUCGCAGAUACAAACGUCAUGAAACUGUUGGUGAAGACGAACGACCAGAAACCAUGGGAAUGACGUUCUUCUGCAAGCAAUACAGCAAAAAGUUUUGGUACUGGGAAAUAAUUGAUAUGUAUACUAAAGCUAUACUCGCUCUAAUUGCCAACUUUAAAGACGACCAAGCUUCCAACAUGUCAUAUUCUCUCUUUAUUACCGUCAUCCUUAUAGCUCUGCAUCUGUAUUUUGAACCAAUGAAGGCUAAAUCAGAUCAGAGGUUUCAGCUAUUGACACUUGUCUUCAUUAUCGUCAACUUAUCGGUUGGUGCAAUUGUUGACAUCGGCGAGUCCGUGUACACUGUAGACGAGACUAUACUAGUUCUUCAUGACAUUACACCAUUUAUUCUAAUGCUACUUAACUUCUCCAUUGUGUUAGUUGUUUUCGUUGAUCUACUUAUGAAAGUGAAAAAGGGCUUUUGGGAAGAAUUGGUUGAUCUAGAAGACAACGGAGAUCAUGGUGAUAAUGACAAUGAGCUUUCUGCAAUACUGCAACCAGAUAUCGACAGCCUAUCAACAUACAUUUCGACACCUCACAACUAUUAGAAUAAUGGUCAUUAUUUGUACAGUACACUGUACAAAUUCUAUCACCAACUGUACAGUUUAAUCAAUACAAAUACUGUAACAGCGAACGGCCAUGACACUAACCUAUUGUAUUUUUGGAUUUAAAAAAUAUUGUGCAUUGCAUUAAACAAAUAAUCUUUUUUAAAAAUCUAUGAACUUUAUGCAAAACUCAAAAUUGGGGACGGAGCAUAUCUAUAGCUAUGACUACACCAUAAAUUGAUUGUUAACUUGGUUUGCCAUUUAUUUCCAUUAAUUGACUAAUUACCUCAGUUUUUUUUUGUUUUUUUUUUGCUUCAUUUUCUUCUGAUUUUAUUAGAAAAAAAAAAAUCGCGUUUUAAUAUAUUUUCAGAUAUUGCUGUGAUUACUUACACUAAACACUGUUUCUAUGAAGUAUACGCAGUAAUUUAUUAAUAUAAGGUAUUUUUUACUGGUAAGGUUAAACUUAAUGAAACUAAGCCUAGACUAAACAGAUAGAUAAUAAAUACCUACUAGAAAGUUACUUUAUUAUUAAUAACUUGUAAAUCCACUUAUGAAGUAUUUUAAGUUUUAGUUUGAUUUCACUUCAGGUUAGUGAGUAUUAGCAAAAAUACCGUAAUAAAAAGCAAAAGAUAGAGCAGUGCGCGAUAUAGUGGAACACCCCAUGAGGGCGUCCAUGAGAGCAAUAUCAAAGAUCUUAUAAACACAAGAUAACGUUCUCCGCGAUUUUACGCGUAACAAAUAAAAGCGUCGAUUUGGCACAGAAAAGCAUAGAGAUAUAAUAAGAAUACUAGAGCGCUAACUGCAAUGUGUUUGAUGUUCCAAAUACGCAGAGCUAUGUGUGUGUACUAUCCAAGAUGGCUGCCAUAGAUUCAGCCAAUCAAAUUUCGCCUAAGCACUAUCAUUUUCAAUGGCGCCCUUAACUUACACAAAAAGUUCAGUACAGCUAGUUACCCGUAUGUUUGAAACUCGAGCGUUGUAUAUGGGUGUAUAUGUACACGAUUUUUUAUUUUUUUUAAUUUUUGAAUAAGAUGCUCUACUUGGCCUCUUUUUGGCUACGAUAGUUCAAUUAUUUUUUUUAUUAUCAAUACUAA